AUGGCCCAGAAUGGCGAGCCAGUCAUGCGAAGAAAGCUUGUCAUCAUAGGCGAUGGUGCUUGCGGCAAAACGUCGUUGUUGAGCGUCUUCACACUGGGAUACUUUCCUACGCGCUAUGUCCCCACGGUUUUUGAAAACUAUGUCACGGACUGCAGGGUGGACGGCAAAUCCGUGCAACUGGCAUUGUGGGAUACUGCAGGGCAGGAGGAUUAUGAACGCCUAAGGCCACUCGCAUAUUCCAAAGCCCAUGUGAUACUGAUUGGCUUUUCCGUCGACUCGCCCGACUCCCUGGAAAACGUCAAGCACAAGUGGGCGGAAGAGGCGCGUGAGCGAUGUCCCGGAGUGCCCAUUAUUCUCGUCGGCUUGAAGAAAGAUCUCCGCGAUGACCCUCUUGCUCAAGAAGAGAUGCGGAAGAAGAGUCUCAAGUUCACCACGCCGAAGGCCGGCAACGAUAUGAAGGAGAUGAUUGGCGCACGAAAAUAUCUCGAAUGCUCGUCCCUGACAGGCGAGGGGGUCGACGAUGUUUUCGAGGCUGCCACUCGCGCAGCUCUGCUCUCCGUGGACAAGAAGGAGAACGGCGGUUGCUGCGUGAUUCUGUAA